GUCUAGCAACCAUAACUUAUAAUAUAUCACCGGAACUUCAAGAUGGCCGAGCCCACGGUUCUGUCGUUUGAGACUCAUCCCGGCCGCACGCUAACGGCUGCACUGUUCAAGGACGUCAAAAAUGCAAAGGAACUGCGGGCGCUGCUCGCAGAAGGCUCAUUACCAGAGUUUGCAUAUAUAAACGCCAGAGUGGUGCUGGACCCCUUCAUCCUACAGCUGUCGGGGCACCGGGCGCUGGCGGCGGAGGGCAGCACGCGCAUGGCCACAAGGAACAUCCACACGGAGCUGGUGUACGGCGUCAGCGCCACAAAGCAUGUUGCUGAGUCGUUAAAGCGGUUCGGCAUCAACGACGACACGUCGGCAGUGCUGGUGGCCCGAUUCGACUGCAAACCUGAGGAGCUGGAGGCGGUGGCCAAGCGGAUAGAAGGCGAGCAGGCGGCCCUGUCGGAGCUGGGCACGGUGGUGGACCUGGACCUGAUUGACAAGUACUUCAAGGUGUCCAAGCAGGAGCUGCAAUCGCGGGGGCGUCUGGACGCCGUGACCUUCCGUGUCGGCGCAAAAGACUGCAUGUGAGCUUGUAACGGUCGUGAACGAUGGCCGGGCGUGCCGGUUUGCGUGCAUAAGGUGCGCUGGCACUGCAAAAUAGGAGCACUGGCCUCUACAGGUGUAGGGAUUGAUGCUGUUGUGUGCUGACGGGACGCGUUCAUGCGCGGAGUGCCGUGAUGCCAUGGAAAUGACAGCCGUUUAUUGAAUUGACGAAAUGGGUGAUGGCUGUGGUACUAGGGCAGGGUGCGAAACACGUGUGCGCACGUGCGCGUGUGCUGGUGAGCACGUGCCCAAUGCGAUUAUAGGCUCCGACAACCGAAGCGGCAACCCAAGAACUUGCGUAUCGUGUACUUGCAGUGCUUUGACGGACUUGACUGGACUUUACAACGUAAAGGGGGAUACAGAGCCCUCCACGGGUGCGACAUGCCCCCACGGUAUUAGGGCCAUCCGUGGCU